GUGGACUUGUAUGAGUUACUUAUGCAUAGUUAAUAUGUAACCUUAGGGUGAUGGAGAUCAGCGAUGCCAUGCAAACUUGAACGUUAAAUAACAUCGAUUGAGUCAGUCCGAGUCCCUGUGAAGGAAUUGAGGAACAUAACUUUGCUCCAUGUGGUAGCGUGCAUGUCAUGAUAUCUGCCAGUGUCAAUCAUAUGGGACUGUUUGGUCCACGCAGAGAUUACUUUGGUUAAUAUAGUUUGUAAGGACGCAGAUCUCUCUGUGGCCACUUCCCCUAUCUUAUCAGCUUGCCGUUAUUCCGGAAACCCCGGUCGGCUCUCUCCUUUGGACAGCUGGUUUCUCUUUAUCGCACAAGGCUCACGGAAGAAGGUUGUGCAAUGAUUUGUAUUCCGCCCACAGCUCGCGGGGUAGCUCGUGUUCCAAAGUUAUCGAAAGAAUAAUACAACGCUGGAGAGAUUCGACGGAUUCGUAUUGGGCAUCUGCUGCAACUUCGGCAGUUAAUCCCGUUCAAUCGCAGAGCGCAACAUGAGGACAUUUCUGGGAUUGUUCAUGAUGAUGAUUGUCUCAGGUGACAACGAGGUGCCGAUCAAUGGAUUCUUAAAAGACAGUGUCCUUCUGCCAUGCAAUUGCUCAGGCAGAAACUUGAGCAGAGUCGUUAAGUGGCAAAUGGAAGGUCUAAAUGGACUGUCUCGUGUGCUGGAAUUAGACGUCGGGAACACUUCAGACUCCUUUGACAGAUACAAGGGCAGAGCCAAAAUAUUUGUGGCUAACUGCUCUCUUCUCUUAACCAACAUCACAGCAGAAGACCAGGGGAAAUACACAUGCCGUUUUUAUGUACAAGAGCUAUACAUGUAUUCUGUUAGAAAGCUUAACAUUUCGGCAGCAAAGUACAAUGUUUGUCAGCAACCUGCCAGGAACCUGGAUGGGGAUGUAAGGGUAAUGGUUUUCCAGUGCGAUGCAACAGGACGCUACAGAGAAGCUGAGAUUCAGUGGUACUUGGAUGGAGAGCUUCUUUCAAAUUCAUCCAAAACUAACAUAACCCACACGUCCCCCGUGGGUACUCCCACUGGUCACUACAAAUUCAAGACCACACUCUUCACUCAAUUCGAAUGGACCGCAGAGCCUAUAUGUGGCAUGAAAGUCAAAGGCAUUCCAUCACACAUUGAAUAUGUCUGCGAGGAAGGGACAGGUUAUUUUACCAGCCAACAACAAAAAUGCUCCAUGAGAUACUUUAAAAUCAUCCCCAUUGUGUUGGUGCUUGGACUUUCACUGGUCUUGUGGUGCCGCUGGAAUUGAGUGAGGGAAGUCAUUUCUUCCCUCCACAUGAUUUCGUCUUGGAUAAAAAGGGGUUUACAGGGGACAAGAGAAGUGGAGACUGACAACUGAACACAAAGGAAAACUGUGGUAUUUAAUGAACGUGGUAUCAAGCCAAUACAGAGACAGUCAAGUUUGAUCCUGUGCUCAUGCCACUCAUGGAUUGUGUUCAUUUUUUAACAAUUUUUUUAUGGAUGUUUGUUGGAUGAUUUAAUAUUAUCUCCUUAGUUUGGCCUCUGUCAAAGAAGAAAGUCCACUGUGAAGAUGAACUCAUGAAUUUUAAAUGUUUUCGAUCACACUUCAGUUACAAACAAGAAAAGUUAAAAAUCAUCACACAACAAUGUUUGUGCUAUUGUAGAUUAUAUUAUUAUAUUGAACAAUAUGAAUGGAAAAAACUAUUCAUUUUAAAAUAAUACCACAUUAUUUGAAAAAAUGGUGUAUUGUAUUGUUAAAGGUCAACAAGUGAGUUGUUUUUUUUAAAUGAACAAAAUUUAAAGAGAUUCAGAUUCAUUGCCAUGAACUUGUGCGUGUGUGGUUUGACUACCCUGAACAUAAUCAAAAUCGUUCUAUAAAAUAAGUUUCAUUAAUCGUCUUUAAGUUUUAAAUAUCAAUAAUCAUUACAGAAAUACAGCAUAAAACUGUGCCAUUUGAUGUGUAAUAAACCUUGGUGGUCAGGCAUACAAAAUACACUUAAAGUGCCACUAUUUGCAAGUUAUUAAUACAGAUAUAUUUAUAUACAUGUACAUGUAAUAAUUUAAAGAAUUUUCUUUGCCUAUACACCAAUCACCCAUAACAUUAAAAUCAAUUACCCUUUUUAAAGUUGUGGCUGAUUAAAGUAUCAGGGUGUGUUUAAAAAAACAACCAUUUCUUCUGUAAUUGCCUUUAAGACUGGUUACACUGAAUGUUGUUGCUUUGCCAGAGUAGUUUCAUCUUUGUAAAUAAACAGGUUAUUGUCAUUUUACUGUAUGUAACCUAGACGGUUUUAGAUUAAGCCCCUGGGGCAUGUUUGUGACAUUGAAUGGGUAUGACGCCAAGGGGGAAUAACUGACAAUGAUCCCUAUCUGGACUACCAGACAAUCUCUAGCCAGAAUUUUUUUUUUUCUGUCUGACAAGAUUUUGUUGAACUGUGAAACAAACAGGAUAGAAUCUGAAGCAAGCUGGAAAAGAGGGAAUUGCAUUAAUAUGCGACAAUGUGCAUGUGUGGACUGUUUUUCAAGGUUCAAAAAAGGUUUAAAGUAAUCUCGCCUUGGAAUAACAAACCCAAAUAUUCCAUUUGUGCUUUUGAUGUAUGCAGGUCACUGCAAAAGCUUUGCUGAUGUAUCAUAUUAUUUGCCACUGCUUACGCCUGCUGUUGGAUUAGCAGCAUGUUUGGACGGGUUAGUGGAACGUACACCAAGGAAAAAGUCUUACUUAUUUUUGUCUUGCUGGAAAAAGUGUGUCAACGUUCGGCAGUGCGUGUACUGUGUGGGAGCGUGAGAAAUCUUUUAUUGUGGUAUACCCCGCAUUUUAUAUCUGAAAUCACCUCAGGCAUUUUACUGUACAUUUACAGUUAAAAGUUGCAAGAUAAGUUAAUUAGCCAGAUUUUUUUUUAAAUGUCGAAACACAUUUCCCAUUUUUCUUUGGCAGCAGAUGGUAACUAUUUGUGAUACUUUUGUACAGAGAAUAAAUGCACUUACUUGUA